AUGCAAAAUCUUUGGCUUCCCAUUUUAAUACUUUACUUCGCGAAAAGCCAGCUUGUGAUUGAUCUUUUAUAUAACUCUUCAAAUGAUUUAGCUUUAGUUUCAUCUAUUGAAGCAUCCCUGCAAGAAAGCUUUGAAGAUCAAAUUCAAAUUCUUGUAAGGAAAAAACAAAUCAUUCCCUACCCAAAUAAUUUUGAGGAAAAAUCUGAUAUUAUUAUAAAUCUCAUUGGGCAUUCUUUUGCAGGAAUUAAUAAUCUAGAAAGCGAUCAAAUCGUUCUCCAAGCCAAAAAAUCAAAAAAUUUGAAAAACUGCUUCAGCUGGCAUUCUUCUAUAAGCGACCAUAUAAAAGCAUUUGAAAGCCUUAUUUCUUAUUUAAAUUGGGAAAAAUUUGUGGUAAUUUCUGAUGAAGACCAAGCCGAAUAUAUUGGUAAAAUUUUAAAACAAAAUUAUCAUACCAAGUCAUAUUAUUUUCCGAAAAAUGGUAGCCAGGCUCUUUCUAAUUUAUUAAUAGGAAAGCAAAUAAAACCUACAGGGAUUAAAAAUAUUGUCAUAUUAAAUGAUGGUGAAGAUGGCGUUAAACUAAUUCAGAGCUUAAAAGCAAAAAAUUUAUACAGUGGAGUUUUGUUAUUGAACCAGAAUUUGAAAAACCAGAUAAAUAAUGGACUUGCUGCUUAUACAGAGUCUGGUUUAGAGAAUGCAAAUUAUAAAAAUGAUCAAGAAUGCUUGGCAAUCAUUAAAUUUCUCAGAGUAAUAUUAAGCUAUAGGAAUAUAACAAAAUAGGGUAAAUAGAGGAAAAUAUUGAAUUUUUUAUUAUGAGAAUAAUGCACUGAGAAGAUAGAUUCUUAUAGAGGGGAGCCUGAAUUGGUAUAUUUACAUUAGGAUUAAGCUUAAUAUUUAG